UUGUAUAUAAAUGGUAAAAAAUCUGUUGCAUAUUGGUUUAUUCAGGUGCUCGUGAAUUCGUCAAACGAAAUUGUCGGAUACGGUUGCGGCCGCUUGAUUUCACGUGUUGAUGGGCCGGAAUUUGGCCCCGUCUACUGUGAUUCCGAUGAAGCAUUUCUUGUGCUAUUUUGCGCGCUUGCUUCAUGCUUUUUCAAACUAUUCGAAAAGCCGGACGAUAUGAAAAUCGUUCUCGCUGUGCCAACAACCAAAUCACGCAAAGUACAGGAAAUCCUUCGAGAUAACGCCGAAAUAGUAUAUAAAGGCCAGAGAAUUCCGCAGUUCACGAAGGAAGUCCCAGAUCAUGAUAUCAACAGAAUCUAUUGUAUUUCUGGAUUACAGAUGUUCAUUUAA